AAUCCAUCUAUGGCAAGCUCUAACCUUCCAUCGUCGAAGAGCAAGAUGGUCCAGUCAUAGGUAGACAGUCCAACUGGUGGAUGAUCCAAGCCAUCGAUCCAACACAACCACAACACCCAAAAGGGACAUCGGCUGUCGACAGGGCCGGAGACCAGGACCAUGCCAAGCGCUGCCAUCCGCCAAGGUUGCUUUUCAGAACAGCCCCGGAACAUCCUACCUAUUUCCAGCGCCUAGAACUAAUCUCCACGGCCCCGGGCCUCUCUAGCGACGCGACACCGGAGACGGUAGACACGUGCUCACCCCGACUGCAGUUGCAAAGCCGCGCCUGUCAAGCUUGGGACAAAGGUUCGUGGUCUGGAUUCUUCGCGAGUGGAUUCGAUAUUUACACUACGCAUUAUGGGUACAGGCGUCCACCCGGCCAUCCACCAGCGGAGCCUCCUCCGGCGCCUCUCCAAUCUCUCACGCUCACAUAUUAUUUGCUCUUUGUGGCUUAGGCUGAUUCUUCGUUCUCAUCGUCAUGACCCAAGACUUUCUCGGUUGUGUCAAAAUAUAUUGAGAGCGAGCAGUGCAAGUGACAGAUUGCGUGUUCUGAACUCUGAAGGGUUGCGAGCACG